AUGUACUUGAUGAGUUGUACAAGACCAGAUAUUGCUUACAAUGUAAGUACUUUAAGUCGAUUCACGAGUAAUCCAAGUAUUGAACACUGGAAGGCAAUUACAAGAGUACUUAGGUACCUGCAGUAUACUCGUAACUAUGGGUUGAACUAUACUAGAGAACCAGCUGUUCUUGAAGGAUACACUGACGCAAGCAGGAUAUCUGACAUCCAAGAUUCAAAAGGUACUAGUGGAUAUGUGUUUACUCUAGGUGGCGCAACUGUUUCAUGGAAAUCAUCAAAACAAACUGUAAUCACUAGAUCCACGAUGGAAUCCGAGUUUGUAGCUCUGGAUAAAUGUAGUGAAGAAGUAGAAUGGCUGCGUAAUUUUUUGGAGGAUAUUCCAAAAUAG